GAGUACAUGACAGAUUUGUGUUUACAUUCAGAAUAGUUAGUCGGUCUGACUGAAUGGGUCUGAAUACCCGAUUUUUUAAAAACAUUUUACCUGUUUGCUGCCAAAUUUUAUACACACGAGUUAUACCACAACCUUAUUUCAACUUGUUUGUUGCACCAAUAGUACUUCCUGUCAGAGCCGGGAGCGUUUUGAUAGGAAAUCGGAACAGCAAUAUGUCGACAUCAAAAGAAACAGGGUCGCAAAAAACGAAAGGCAAUCGUCGUUCUGCCCUUAAAUCAGCGAAACCUGUUAAGAUUGAGUAUGAACAGGAGGAGGAGGAAGAAGAUAAAAAACCUGCAAAACGUGUACGACAGCGACAGGAAGAUAAGGAGGUCGAUGCGGACGUCAAGAAAGAGCCAAAGUCGCCCAAAGUUGAGGCUAGCGAAACGAUUGAACCGGCAAAUUGGCGUCAAGUCGUGGAAAACAUUCGGGAGAUGCGAGUAGAUAAUCCGGCACCGGUUGACACCAUGGGUUGUGAAAGGACAGCGGAUGAUACAGCAUCGCCAGAAGUGAAGCGGUUCCAGACGUUGAUAUCACUCUUACUGUCCAGUCAGACAAAGGAUGGCGUGACCUUUGCGGCAAUGGGAAGACUCAAGGACUAUGGCUGUACACCAGAAAAGAUGUUGGAAAUUCCGGAAUCUGAUUUAAAAGCAAUGCUUAAUCCUGUCGGGUUCUACAACAAGAAAGCUGCCAACAUAAAAAAGGUUUCACAAAUAUUGUUGGACAAGUAUGGUGGAGAUAUCCCGAAAACUUCUCAAGGUUUAAUGGAACUACCCGGAAUAGGACCGAAGAUGGCAUAUAUUUGUAUGCAAGUUGCUUGGGGAGUUAAUGAAGGAAUAGGAGUCGAUACUCAUGUUCACCGAAUCUCUGAGCGUUUGGGAUGGACUUCGGCAAAGGAGAAGAAAAAGCUUACUCCAGAGGACACUCGGAAGCAAUUGGAAUCCUGGUUGCCAAAAGAUAUGUGGCAAGAUGUGAAUAUUUUGUUGGUCGGAUUUGGUCAAACUAUUUGUAAUCCAACCGCACCAAAGUGUAAUGAAUGCUUGAACAAAUCACUGUGCCCAUUUGGUCGAAAAAAUUCAAAGUCAGGCCAAGGUCCCUCAAAAACAAAAUAAAUGACAACCAUUGAUACUAUAAUUUUAACGUAACACCCUCCAGCCAUACAUACAUACAAAACAUACGUAGCUAUACAACUUUUCUAGGAUUUAGUACAUUUAAAAGUGAAUGGGAACAAAUGAGACUCUUUGAAAGUUUUACUUUUGUAUUAUUUCUAUGAAUUUUUCCUCGUUGAAAAAUAUUAUUGUAUUUAUAUGUACCUAUUAGUAAAAGAAACAUGUACCUGUUUGAGCUGUUUGUAAUCUCAAGACUGAUUAAGCUGGUUCAGCCUAUUAUACACGCUCAUUGUAUUUAUGUUCGGUGUAAAGUGUUCAUUAAAGCGUCACAUUUGGUUUAAGAAUAUCAUC